CUGCAAGAUGGGGGGAAAUGUGGGCUGGCUGUGUAUAUAUCGGCUGGAAUCGGGCUCUUCUGGCAGGACAGUGUCGGACUGUCCAUUGUGACUAGCCUCCUUCCCCCUUUGGUUCUACAUACAUUAGUAUGCGUCUGCUGAACCUUGCUGCCAUUGCGCUGUUCUCGGUCGGACACGCCAGCGUCCCAGCCACUAUCGAUACCCACGAUCCCGCGCGCCGCCUCAAAUGCCGCGCAACAGCUGACACCCAGGGGCUGGCUGCCCGAUUCUGGGCUAGAACGUCCGAUUCCUGCUACAUCCCCUCCUACUACAUGCAGUUAUCGGCGAAUGCCACUGAGAUUGUGUCGUGUGACACCCUCCGCAAUAGCACAGCUACGAGGGAUUCAUUAAUCCGCCCGCGCGCAGAUAUCUCUGGGCGGCCGACAAUCGGAUAUGGCCACCGGUGCGAGUCGUUGACCUGCGAGGAAGUCCCGGUCGAGUUCCCUAUGAGCCGGUCGCAGGCGCAGGGGCUGCUGAGGUUUGACUUGGGGCUGUCCACGCAGUGUCUGAGCGAAGCAAUCGACGACUCUGUGGUCCUUAACGAGAAUCAGUGGGCAGCGCUGACCUCGUGGGCGUUCGAUUCUCCAGGCAAGGUUGCCUCCGGCGAGCUGCCAAAGUGGAUCAGAUACCGUGGCAAGACGACGUACAGCCUCCAGUACCGGAGAUACGAUGAGAUGGCCUUGUUCAAUACCCCAUCGGGCAAGCAGGCACACCCGCUGUGCGUCUUGUAGCCUAGCCUACAUAUUGCGACCGCGCUGUUCCGUAUUUUGUCGUACAGCAGUGGGGUUUGUCAUCCGGCCAGUCUGCUUACACUGAGAUUUUUGGGGCGGAGACUGGUAGAGGUGGACUGUCUCUUCUCAACUUGCUUUGUUUUCCUUCGUUCAAUUCAGCGUAUUAAAUUCAAAAUGUCGCAGCAGCCUGGUCCCGAGAAGACGCCGUGCAAGGCACCCGAGCCGAACCCCAAGAACCCACAGGGCCUGAAGCCGUGCUGCGUGUGCCUGGAGACAAAGAAGGCCCGCGAUUCGUGCUAUUUCGAUCACGGCGACGACGCCGAGAAGAAGUGCCAUUACCUGGUGCUGGCUCACAAGAUGUGCAUGGAGAGUUUUGGCUUCAAAAUCUAAUUAGAAUAAACUCCUACAGCUUCUUCUUGCGC